AUGCGCCCAAAAAGCCGGAAUGAUUUUGCGAUUGCGAUUAUCUGCGCCCUUCCCCUUGAGGCUGAUGCCGUUGAAGCCCUCUUUGAUGAAACGUACGAUCGGUUAGGCAAACACUAUGGCAAACAACCAGGCGAUGUGAAUGUGUAUAUCAAUGGAAGAAUUGGCAGGCAUCAUGUGGUCCUGUGCUACUUGCCAGGCAUGGGAAAAGGAAGCGCCGCAAGUGUUGCCUCAAGCCUACAGGUCAGCUACACUGGCAUCCAGCUCGCUUUAGUUGUUGGCAUCUGUGGUGGUGCUCCACCACCACCGAAGUAUGAUGAGAUAUUCUUCAGUGAUAUUAUCAUCAGUGACACUGUGAUGGAAUACGACUUUGGCCGACAAUACCCUGGCGGUUUCCAACGAAAGACUGGUGUCAAGGACACACUUGGCAGGCCAGAUCGAGAAAUUCGGACUCUCCUUAAGAGCCUUCAGGCUUACAAUUCCCGCAUUGAAUUUCAGAACCAGGUACUCCAGUAUCUUCACACACUUCAGCAAGCGGGGACAAGGUGGCAACAUCCUGAUGUUGAUGAUGUUCUUUUCAAGGCUUCUUAUCUUCACAAGCAUCAUGGGGAGACUUCUUCUGUCAAAUGUUGCUGUUUGGAGAGUAAUGUACUGGAUAGUAUUUGCCAUGACGCCUUGGAGAAAAAUUGCAAAGAUCUUAGAUGUGACAAUGAUCAAGUAAUUCGUCGUCGAGAGCCCAUCAAGGCAGCUAAUAUCUCUGUACAUAUUGGAACGAUCGGCUCGGCUGAUAAAGUGAUGAAAUCAGGACAACACCGUGAUGCCAUAAGCAGAAAGGAGGAGAUCAUUGGGUUUGAGAUGGAGGGGGCAGGAGUGUGGGAUAAUGCUCCAUGUGUUGUUAUCAAAGGUGUGUGUGACUAUGCAGACAGCCACAAGAGCAAAGCAUGGCAAGCAUAUGCAGCAGCAACUGGAGCCUCAGCGGCAAAAGCUUUCUUGGAGUACUGGAGGCCUGUAAACCAUGAAGAUGCGAGCAAAAACCGUCACUUAAUGAUUCCCUUUGGAAGAAAUCCACGUUUUGUGGGCCGCCACGAUGAAAACCAUAAAUUAGAGGAUUUGAUCUCCAUGCCUGACGGAGCAAAAAAGAUUGCCAUUACUGGGCUAGGAGGAGUUGGGAAGACACAGGCUGUUGAGCAGGCCUUCAGAGGAAUUGCACAGGUGAUAGGGAUCCAAGAUGUGAAGCCAGCGGAGAUUAAAGAGUGUAUCAAGGCUUACUUUAGCCAAAUAGACAGGAAGUGGCUUCUGAUCUUCGACAACGCGGAUGAUUUGGACAUGUGGAUGAAAGGCAGCAGUACAGCCUCAGCAUUAAAGGACUUCCUUCCUUAUAACACCCAAGGUCAUAUUAUCUUCACCACUCGCAAUCGAAAGUUAGCCGUGAAACUGGCAUCGUCUGAUGUGGUACAUGUUCGCGAACUCGAUGAAAAGGCUGGCAUGGAAUAUCUGGAAAGGUCCCUGAUUGAAGAAAGCCUGCUUCACAAUCAUCAUGCUAUGAUUACCCUUCUUGAACAGCUUACCUUCCUUCCAUUAGCUGUUACCCAAGCUGCAGCAUACAUGAACGGAAACGGGAUAGGAGUGUCUGAUUAUUUGCUGCUUCUUCAAGAACAGGAGGCAGAUGUUGUGGAGCUACUAAGUGAGGAUUUUGGUGAUGAUGGACGCUACAAGGAUGCCCAGAACCCAGUAGCCAUAACAUGGCUGAUAUCCUUUUAUCAGAUUCAGAAACUUGAUAAACUUGCUUCUGACUAUCUAUCACACAUGGCUUGUGUUGAUCCACGCAAUAUCCCGGAAUCCUUCCUUCCACAGCCGACAUCAAAAAAGAAAAUGAUUGACGCUCUUGGGCUUCUAAGUGCAUAUUCUUUCAUUACUAUUCAACCUGGAAAUGGGUCCAUAACUCUACAUCGCCUGGUGCAUCUGGCAACUCGGAACUGGAUGAAAAAGGCAGAUCAAUUUACACUCUAUAUAAGAAAAACAGCAGACCGAUUGAGCGAGACAUUCCCCCAUAAUGAUCAUACCAACCGACAGCUGUGGAGGGAAUACCUGCCCCAUGCGCUAUUUUUAUUGGGGGCAAAUGAGUUUCAAGAAAAUCAAGAGCAGUAUGUUGACUACAUAGAGAAUGUGGGGACCUGCUUGGAUAGCGAUGGGAGAUACAAAGAAGCAGAAAAGCUGUUAGUGCAGGUGAUGGAGAUCCGAAAACAGGUGCUAGGACCAGAGCAUCCUUCCAUUCUGACCAGCAUGGCCAACCUCGCAUCAACAUACCGGAACCAAGGACGAUGGAAGGAGGCAGAAGAGCUACAGCUGCAGGUGAUGGAGACCUGGAAACAGGUGCUAGGGCCAGAGCAUCCCUCCACUCUGACCAGCAUGGCCAACCUCGCAUCAACAUACCGAGACCAAGGACGAUGGAAGGAGGCAGAAGAGCUGUUCUUGCAGGGGAUGGAGACCUUGAAACAGGUGCUAGGGCCAGAGCAUCCCUCCACUCUGACCAGAAUGGCCAACCUCACAUCAACAUACUGGAAUCAAGGACAAGGACGAUGGAAGGAGGCAGAAGAGCUGCUCAUGCAGGUGAUGGAGACCUGGAAACAGGUGCUAGGGCCAGAGCAUCCUGAUACUCUGAACGGCAUGCACAACCUCGCAUCAACAUACUGGAAUCAAGGACGAUGGAAGGAGGCAGAAGAGCUGUUCUUGCAGGUGAUCAAGACCCGAAAACAGGUGCUGGGGCCAGAGCAUCCUGAUACUCUGACCAGCAUGCACAACCUUGUCACGGGCUCGGAAUAG